GAGCUUUUGGUGGUGGUGGUGGUGGUGGAGGUGGGUCAUAUGUGAGUGAUGGUGCUGGUGGUAACAGAAACAAUGAGGCGAACACCGCAACAAACGGCAGCCUUAUUAAGGGUCUACCGAAGGACGUUUUGAUAGUUGCUCCAGAGGAUCAGCCGAACGAUGGUGAUGUUAAUAAAAAAGGCGGUGAAGAGGACUUGGUUCCGAAGUCGAAAGUUGUAGAUGGUGUUGAGUGUAGUCGACAAACUCCUUUUGACAAAGCUUUGUUGGCUUUUGUCAGGGCUUGGAAGGAGGCUAAGGAUGAAAAUUACCCUGGGCCGACAAUUAUUGAGUGCGAUGGUAUGGAUGCUACUCAAAGAGAUUGUUAUCGGCUUAUUGGGGGGAGAGCGCGGCUUGGUGAUCAGUAUGUCCGCAUGGCCUCUGUGCUUUACACAAAGGAAUGGAGUGAAACAUAAUUCCCGUUGUCUGGCAAGCGAAUUCUAUUGGACCCUACUUAUGCAGUAUAUCAACAACAUAUAUGUUAUUUGCUUAUUUAUUAAGGGUUUUUAACAUCUAGUUGUUGUUGCAAUUCAAUUUUUAAUUGUUUUCCCAGACAAGGCUAAUGCAAAAGAAAAAAGAUUAUGCGGAUUCGGCAAAGAUCCAUGGGAAGGCCUUCUGUUCACAUGACCUGGACGAUAUACGCGUUGUGAGGUUCCUCACCUGUUCUUGUGUAAUUUAAUUAUUGCGUUCAUGUUUCACUGAGUUUGAGCUUAUUGUAGGUAUUCAUGCCGGUACUUGAUUUGUCUGUAAAGGAUGGUGACCAUUGGUGGUGCUUAGCAGUAGAUUUUGUGGAGAAGCAAAUUUGGAUAAUUGAUUCUCUUGUGAAAGAACCCUUUGAAGCUCAUGCAGACAUAGUUACGGAGUUGGUUAGUCUCUCUAACACAAUUACAGGGUUCAUGUUGAAAUUCUGGCAUUUGAUUUGGUGGUGCUCUAUUAAUAUACAGGUUCAGGACCUGGAUGUGCUUGCUGGUUCAAAUCGGCAAUGGGUCCUUGAUCAGAUGUGCAAUUGUCCACAUAGAGUAAUGGAAAUGCCCCAGCAAACGGACACUUACUCUUGUGGUGUGCUUAUGCUGUCAUGCAUCAAACAUUGCGCUGUAACUUUUUAUACUCCUCAUGUACUGGAGAAGUCUAUCAAUAUACGGACCAAGAUUUUUCUCGAAGAUUUGCAUAGCAAGUUCAAUGCCAUGAAGGUGAACCUGAAGGGUCUAAUUAAUGAAGAUCGAAGAGGAGCAGGGAAGAGGAAUGGGUCAGUAACAACAACUCAGUAGAAGACUUAGUUGUUUCUAGUAGACAAUGUUUCAAGGUUGAAUUUUCAGAGUCUUGAUACUUAUGUUUUAAUUGACUAUUAAGAUGUGGGCCUUGUUAAGAUAUAUUUUGUUCCUUAUUAUAUUAGGGCCUUGAUGGCUCAUUUAGAAUUUGGGUUUGGAUUUGAAGACAUGCCUUUUUGAAAAUGGGUCCUAGAUAUUAAUGUGG